AUGUUCAGGUCCAUUUCCCACCUGCUGUCCGUCUUUACACAGUGUGUUCAGGUCCAUUUCCCACCUGCUGUCCAUCUUUACACAGUAUGUUCAGGUCCAUUUCCCACCUGCUGUCCAUCUUUACACAGUGUGUUCAGGUCCGUUUCCCACCUGCUGUCCUUCUUUACACAGUGUGUUCAGGUCCAUUUCCCACCUGCUGUCCGUCUUUACACAGUGUGUUCAGGUCCAUUUCCCACCUGCUGUCCAUCUUUACACAGUAUGUUCAGGUCUGUUUCCCGCCUGCUGUCCUUCUUUACACAGUGUGUUCAGGUCCGUUUCCUGCCUGCUGUCCGUCUUUACAGUGUGUUCAGGUCCAUUUCCCGCCUGCUGUCCAUCUUUACACAGUAUGUUCAGGUCCGUUUCCUGCCUGCUGUCCGUCUUUACACAGUGUGUUCAGGUCCAUUUCCCACCUGCUGUCCAUCUUUACACAGUAUGUUCAGGUCCAUUUCCCACCUGCUGUCCGUCUUUACACAGUAUGUUCAGGUCCGUUUCCUGCCUGCUGUCUGUCUUUACACAGUGUGUUCAGGUCCAUUUCCCACCUGCUGUCCGUCUUUACACAGUGUGUUCAGGUCCGUUUCCUGCCUGCUGUCCGUCUUUACACAGUAUGUUCAGGUCCAUUUCCAGCCUGCUGCCCAUCUUUACAGAAUAUAUUUAGGUCUGUUUCCUGACUGUCUUUUCACAGUGAGUCCGGGCCUGUUUCCCACCCACUGCCUGUCUUUACGCAGUGCGUUCAAAUCCAUUUUCCUCCCACUGCUUGUAUUGCUUGAAAGGGCAGCACAGUUUCAAGCAAAGCAGGACUGGCCAGUGAGAACAGACUGUCACCCUGGAGAAGGCUCAUCUGGACGUGUGACUGGCAGUGGCUGUGAUUAACCCGCCUGUCCUUAACGCCGCCACUCCGCCUCGGUUUCCAACCUCGGGGGCUGCCCAUCAGCUCAAUAACAGCGCAUUUUGUUGCUCCGCCUCUGCCGGGGGAGGUGUGCUCUGAUGGAUUCAUCCCGGCAGGAGCAUGGAGCAUACAGAUCCAUCCCAAGACAAUCGCAAGGGCCAGCUAUGCCUCGUGUAUAGUGGGAGCUCAGUUGCGGUGUUCUUCAACAGUCAGUCUGUCAUGUAUUAAGUUCUGUGAUGUCCUGGUGUCCGCUUCCAAGACUUCCUGAUGCUCUCUCCAGGGGCUUCCUGGUGUCCGCUUCCAAGACUUCCUGAUGCGCUCUCCAGGGGCAUUCUGGUGUCCGCUUCCAAGACUUCCUGAUGCUCUCUCCAGGGGCUUCCUGGUGUCCGCUUUCAAGACUUCCUGAUGCUCUCUCCAGGGACUUCCUGGUGUCCGCUUCCAAGACUUCCUGAUGUGCUCUCCUGGGGCUUCCUGGGGUCCGCUUCCAAGAUAUUCUGACAUCCUUUUCCAAGGCUUCUUGUCAUCUUCUUGCAAGGCGUUCAAGUGUCCUCUCAGUGGGCUUCCUGAUGCCCUCUCUGGGGGCUUCCUGGUGCUCUCUCCAGGGGUUUCCUCAUUCCCUCUCCAGGGGCUUCCUGGUGUCCUCUUCUGAGACUUCCUGUUGUCCUUUUCCAUGAUACCCUGGUGCCUUGUUCUGCCUGGUAAACUGCUGUGUUGUGUUAGCUUCUCUCACAGAUGAGG